AUGUCGUUCGCCUCUCCCACCAAACGCCGUGUUCCCCCGCAGCCAUAUAUCCCCGCACAGGGCUGGCGGGUCGCCAACGCGGCGUCCCACCGUGUUCUCCCGCCAAUUUCGUUCGACUACGCGGGCCACCGGCCCGGCCAGGGCGUCUCCAUGCGCGACCUGCGGCUAAAGAGCACCGCGACGCCGCUGCUCGGCGCGGCAGACCCGGUCCUCGCGCCGAGCGGGCUCCAGCGGGUCGUUUUUCGCAUCAUCUGGCCGGGGUACGGACACGUUGAGUGGUGCCGCACGAUGCCCGUUGUCAGCCCAAGCGGUGCGCCAAUAACGCGCGUGGCGCUGGCUGUUCAAAUCGCCACGAGCUUCGCGAGCUGGUUUGAGAAGACGCAGUACGAGCAGCCCACAUCGCCCGAGUGGAUGAUCUCCCCCGCCUGCGUGCAGUUCAAGCACAUGUACCUCGUCUCGCUCGUCAACACCUUCGAGGAUGUGUGGCAGGCCGACGUCGCGCUGGAUGUUUGCUGA